GCUCGAGGGAGCACAACCUCACCUUCCUGCCUUCAGCCACCUGCUUGCUGCUUUAUUCUUUAUACCACUCUUACCCUCUUCACAUCAUCCAUCAUGUCUCGCCAGUGUGCUGCAAGGAGAACUGGCUUCAGCGCUGCUUCUGCCUUCAUCCCAAACGCCGGCAGCAUCAGCUUCUGCUCAUAUCCUGCAGCCCAAGGUGGAAGCUGCGGUACUGCCGCUGCGUACGGAAGAUUUGGUGGAGGUUUUGGAAGCAGGAGCCUCUACAGUCUUGCUGGGUGCAAGAGGAUCGCCAUGGCUGGAAGGGGUGGUGGCUUCUGUGGACCUGCACCUUCUGGUGUCGGCACUGAGAUCUCCUGGGGUUUUGACGGUGCAUUUGGUGGUGCCUUUGGGAUUGGUGGUGGAAUGGGUGGCCCUGUACUCCCUGCUGUCCCAGCCAGGGGCAUCCACGAAGUCUCAGUCAACCAGAGCCUUCUGAAACCUCUCAAACUGGAGAUUGACCCCAACAUCCAGAAUAUCCGUAAGGAUGAGAAGGAUCAGAUUCAAACCCUCAACAACAAAUUUGCCUCCUUCAUUGACAAGGUCCGAUUCCUUGAACAACAAAACAAAGUCUUGGAGACCAAGUGGGCUCUUCUGCAAGAACAGGGGAACAAAACCGUCAGAAAAGACGUCGAGCCCCUCUUCGAGACCUACAUCAACAACCUCAGGAGGCAGCUGAGCAGCUUGCUGGCAGACAAGGAGAACCUGGCAGGGGAGCUGAGCAAAGUGCAAAGCCUUGCUGAGGACUUCAGGAACAAAUACGAAGAGGAAAUCAACAAGCGCACGGCUGUUGAGAAUGAAUUUGUCAUCCUGAAGAAGGAGGUGGAUGCUACCUACAUGAACAAGACAGAGCUGCAAGCCAGGCUGGAUUCCCUGAUGGAGGAGAUAGAUUUCCUCAGAGCCCUCUAUGAAGCUGAACUGUCUCAGAUGCAGACCCAGAUCUCUGACACCUCUGUCAUUCUGACCAUGGACAACAAUCGCAGCCUGGACAUGGACAACAUCAUUGCGGAAGUCAAAGCACAGUACGAGGACAUCGCCAACCGCAGCCGGGCAGAGGCUGAGUCUUGGUAUCAGACCAGGUAUGAAGAGCUGCAGGCUACGGCAGGCAGGCACGGGGAUGAUCUCCGUAACACCAAGCAGGAGAUCUCUGAGCUCAACCGCCACGUCCAGCGGCUGCGGUCUGAAAUCGACAGCGUGAAAAAACAGUGUGCCAGUUUGCAGGCAGCCAUUGAGGAUGCUGAGCAGCACGGCGAAAUGGCCCUCAAGGAUGCCAGGACAAAACUGGCUGAGCUGGAGACAGCCCUACAGAAGGCCAAGGCAGACCUGGCCCAGCAACUCCGGGAGUAUCAGGAGCUCAUGAAUGUCAAAAUGGCUCUGGACAUUGAGAUUGCAACCUACAGGAAGCUGCUGGAGGGAGAGGAAUGCAGGCUCUCUGGAGAAGGUGCCAGCGCAGUGAACAUCUCUGUGACCAGAACCGCUGUAGGAACAGGAUAUGGAAGCGGAAACUGUCUCAGCUUCGGAGGCAGCAGUGGUGUUGGAGGUGGAAUCUGUGCUGGAGGAAUGGGUUUCAGCUCUGGAAGCGGACAAGGUGCAGCUGGGUCUGGUGGAAGCAGUUCCAGCGCGAAGUACGUCUCCACCACCUCUUCAACCAAGAGAUGCUAUUAAAGCCAGGCGUCAGCACCGUUAGCCCGCGUGUGCUGCUCCCUUUCGUAUCGUCUGCGAUCCCUCCCCUGUUAUUUCCACAAGAUUUGGAAGUCAAACCUGUCUGUCCUUAUUUAUACGAAACACACCAUGCGCCUGUUUGUGCUUCGCCUCUCUGAAAUCCUCAUUUCCCAGUGUUUGUCUAAUAAAAGACAC